CUCUGUGACACAACGGCUUCCUAGAGAAACAGAUUAAUUUGGUUAACAAAUUUAAGGCAAACAAAUGAUUCUAUAUGGCUUUAAUACCCAUAAUUAUAAUAAUGGUUUUGCCCGUUGGGGUAUUCUCCAAAAUCUUAUAUAAGCACCAUUUUGUCUCCACAUCCAAUACAUCCAAGAAACUCAUCACAGACAACUCUUUCUUACUCUCAGCUUACAUCUUUUCCAACCUUUCUUUUCAAAAACUCUCUACUACAAAAUACUACUUUUAUACUUGUUAUAUUUGGGCAACUCCGGUUCGUGGCUUUGUUCAUAUCCUUCUAGUGGACGUGACCAUUGGAAGAGAAAGUUUGAGAGCAUUUCGGGUUGAAUCUUGGAGUCACUAUAAUCCAUCAACACCUUCACGUAGGAGAGGAUUAGUGGCUUUAAGACAAUGCAUCGUGCCUCCCGAUUGUAUCUUAGGCCAGCUUUCCUUUUACUCUUUUCCUCAAUAUUUAGCUGUUAGUUUAUGCUCUCAAUUUUAAAUUGCUCUGCCGAUUACUCUAUACGCAUGCUUUGUUUUAUUCAUGCUACAUGUUAUUUGAUUUAAUAAUUAUAAAAUCUCAGUUAAUGUGCAAGUGCUCUAACAGUUAAAGCCACUAUCUCUUUAUAAUACAAAACAGUAUUCGAAAGUAAGCUUCCUGUUUUGUUUCUAAAUUAGAUUGAGUUCCAAUCAUAUAUAAUACCAGUUUUGUGUGCAACAGAUUACUUGUAGGACAUAAGGGAUCAAAACUGAAAUGGCGAAAAUAGAUGAAGCCAACGCUGUUAAGCUCGAGAAAUUUAGCGGUGAACAUUUUAAGAGAUGGCAAACUCAAGUGCGUUAUUGGCUUACCGUGUUGGGGUUAUAUUCUGCAAUAGAUGACAGUGAGUCUUCCCAAGGUUCAUGGAUGACUAAGGAACAAAUAGAGUACCACUGCUACCAUAGAAUUCUUAGUGUCCUUUCGGACCAUCUUUAUGAUGUCUAUUUAACUACCACUGAAAAAGCAAAAGAACUUUGGGAUCUACUUGAGGCUGAAUAUGGGUUAGAUGAUGCCGGAGUUAUUAGGUUCGCCGCGUCUUCGUUUAACAACUACAAAAUGAUAGAUGGAAAAUCCAUAGGUGAUCAAAUCCAUGAGUUUAAAGAACUUUUGAAGGGUGCUAAAAAGAGUGGAACCACGUUUAGCGAAGACUUCAAAGUGUCGUGUCUAAUUGAUAAACUACCACCUUCCUGGUCGGAUUUUGCUCUGUCCCUUAGACACAAACAAGGAGAACUUACUAUGACACAAACCAUAAACACCCUUAGAGUGGAAGAAAAGCAUAGGGCUGUUUUGGUUGCUAAACCAGAAGAGAGAACACCCCGAGUCAAUAUUGUUGACACCCAUAAUAGGAAUAAUAAUCACUCCUAUCAUAAUAGAAAUAACCACCACCACAGGUCCCAUAAUUCUCACCGAAGAAACAAUCUCAGGCCUAAGGGAGGAAAUUUCAAACCAAAUAGGUUCAACCAAAAUAGGGACCAACACCAAAGCCAAAACCAAAACCAAAACCAAAACCAAAACCAUUAACCUAGAGAUAAACCCAAGAAUAAAAGGGAAGGAGGCAAUGCUUGUUUCGUGUGUGGAAGGACCAACCAUUUUGCUAGAGACUGCUACUACAAAAAGACUGAGCCAAUGCAAAAAUCAAGGAAUCCAAGAGAUCAAGUGAAUGUGCUAGAAGAGAAUAAAGCCGAACCAUUUUUUAGGAAUCAAGUGGAGGAUGUGUGACUCUAGGAAAUAAUUCAACCGCACGAGUUCAUGGGAUUGGAGAUGUGGAAUUGAACAUGACAUCAGGGAAAACUUUGGUUCUUAGAGAAGUGUGGCAUGUUCCGGAAGUUAGAAGGAAUCUAGUUAGUGGGUCUAGUUUAGUUCAACAAGGUUAUAAAGUUGUUUUGGAGUCUAGUCAAGUUGUUAUAACAAUGAAUGAUGUCUUCAUUGGAAAAGGUUAUGUUACUGAUGGUUUAUUCAAAUUGAAUGUUAUUUUUGAAGUCAAUAAAAUCUCUCCUCACGUUUGAAUAUUGAAUCUUGUGAUGUGUGGCAUGGACGGUUAGGACAUGUAAGCUUAAAAAAAAUGAAAAGGAUGAUGGAUUUGAAUCUUGUUCCCAGGUCAAGAUUGGGUUUUAAGCAAAAGUGCGAGAUAUGUGUGCAAGCCAAACAAACAAGAAAACCACAUAAGAGUGUAGAGAGAAAUACUCAACUUCUAGAGUUAGUCCAUAGCGAUGUGUGUGACUCAGCUAAGCCACCUGCAAGAGCCGGAAAUAAAUAUUUUGUAACUUUUAUUGAUGGUUGUUCGAGGUAUUGUUUUGUGUAUCUUAUUCAAACCAAAGAUGAGUUCUUUAGCAAGUUCAAAGUUUACAAGGCAGAGGUAGAAAAUCAGAUAGAAAGAAAAAUAAAGGUUCUUAGGUCUGAUAGAGGAGGAGAAUAUACUCUAGGAGAACUUACUACUUUUUGUGAAGAGUGUGGAAUAGUACAUGAAGUGACACUGUCUUACUCACCCCAGUCUAAUGGAGUAGCCGAAAGGAAAAAUAGAACCCUUAUGGAUAUGGUAAAUGCAAUGUUGUUAAGUUCUGGAUUACCUAAGAGUUUUUGGGGGGAAGCUAUACUUCAUGCAUGUUUUAUUUUAAAUAGGAUAAUCGUGAAGGAUAAUGACAAAACCCCUAAUGAAAUUUGGAAGAAAAGAACUCCCAAUCUUAGUUUCUUGAGAGUGUGGCGGUGUUUAGCUAAAGUGUGCAUUC